AUAAAACCAGGGCGAAGUGAACCUGCGAGGGCACCGCGCGGGUCCGAGGACAAGAAAAGGAUGAAGGCGGUGAAGAGCGCGGUGGUAUGCCUGGUCCUCCUGCCCCGCUUCUUCAUGACCGCGCUCAUGUUUUGGCUGCUGGACUUUCUGUGCAUCAGGAAACGAGUGUUUUUCCAGAUCAAGGAGCAGGAGAACUGUUUAGACCCUCCUCUGUGUAUCUCCGACUCCAACCGCCUGUUCAGCCUGGAGUCGCUGAAAGCGGUGUGGCACGGGCACAAGCUGGACUUUCUCAAAGAAGCGCACCUCGGUCAGGGGGCGCCCAACACCGAAGUGGUUCAAUUGGAGGACCAGAAGCGCGCGCGCAUCCUGGACUAUGCACACGAGAACAGACCUCUCAUCCUCAACUUCGGCAGCUGCACCUGACCUCCGUUUAUGGCGCGCCUUAAAGCGUUCCAGAGCGUGGUGCAGCAGAACGCGGACAUUGCGGACUCUGUGCUCGUGUACAUAGAAGAGGCGCACCCGUCGGACGGGUGGAUGAGCACAGACGCUCCGUACCAGAUCCCCCAGCACAGGUGUCUGGAGGACCGGCUGCACGCUGCGCGCCUGAUGCGUACUGAGGUGCCCGGCUGCCAGGUGGUGGUGGACAGCAUGGAAAAUACGUCCAACGCCGCCUAUGGAGCCUUUUUUGACAGACUGUACAUCCUCCACGAGGGGAGGAUCGUGUACCAGGGAGGCAGGGGACCAGAGGGCUACCGCAUCUCCGAGCUCAAAGACUGGCUGGAUCAGUACAGAGAGAGCGUGGGAACAGCCAGCAGGACCUUGGAAGUCUAGUUUACAUGUAUAACUGAGAAUCAUGUCCAAGUCUUGUUUUUCGAUAACUGUAUUUCAUUUUUAUUAGAUCGUAUUGUUUAGUGCAUUUAAAAUGCCACUGAGGAGUUGGAAUAUGUCCUUCGUUUUCACUUUAUGUUUCAACAUGUGUAAUGUCACAGAGGUAGACUUUCAUUCUCAGGUCAACAUUUGAUGUUAUUUAGUUUUAGAUAAAAUGUUUGAGAAUUUGCCAAACUUUAACAGUAAAAGGUCACACUGUUACUAAACUGUUAAAAUGGUUCCUAAUACUUGAAUGGCCUCAUCUUGAAGAACAACUUAACAAACCGUCCUCUUUGUUAACAUUUAAAACAUGUUCUUGUGAAGUUUCACAUGUGAGCUCCACACUGCCAUUUGGGGUUAUGACCUCUAUUGUCUACAGAGCCUUCCAUAGCAUUACAUAGACUGAUAUUUAUUUAACUGAACUCAGUAUUUGUAUUUUACUGUCAUAUUUGUAUGCAGUUGUGUCUUUUUAUGUCUUUGGGACAGUAGGACACGCUCCCCCUUCUGUCCCCAGUACUGUUGUGAAGUUCGGCUCACCAAGGGGCCUGUCCUACGGAGCCGACACUGAUGUCCUGUACUGGGAGCUCGGGCUGGGGGCUGUUCUCAUCCUCACCACUACUUUUUUGUACACAUUGUUCCAAUUUAUUGAUAUAUUUUUCAUACAAUAAACACUUUUGAUCUAUAGCGAUGGUUCACGUUGGUAUCAGCUACUGUUAUCUCAUUCAACUGGCCCAUGC